AUGGUAGAAGGCAUUAGCUUGGGUGGCCCAACCUCUUUGAAGGAACUUUUGUGUUAUUUUCAUGUUGGAGGGACAUUUGUAGUUGACGAGGAAGGUGGAGUUCAAUAUAAAGGGGGUAAUGUGAGGUUAAGGAGCAUAAAAGAAGCCAUUACAGUUGAAGAUUUAAGGGGGAAGAUAUCAUUAUGGUUUGGAAUUGAUAGUAAUAAUUGUGAGAUGAAAUAUAUAGUAAGUUUUGAUGAGAAGACAUUGGUAGAUUUAGUUGAUGAUGGUGAGAUUGGGAACUUUUUUCAGUAUAAUGAGAGGCAUGGCCAUCUAUACGUAGCAUGUAAAGAGAAAGAAAGUGGUGCUGAUAUAAUAGAAGAUCUGGAAAUAUUGUUGGGCCUGUCACAAGAAAGGUCUGGCUCAUUUAGCAGUAUGGAAACUGAAUAUGAACCAGUGGGGUAUGAAGAUAUGGGUGCGGCCUUAAUGUAUGAAGUUAGAGGCUGUUCUAGCAAUAUAACAUGUGGAGUACAGUAUGCACCAACACCAUAUCUUGAGAUGAAUUGUUCAAAAUGGAGGGAAUUGAUUUUAGGACAGCUGCAAAAUUUUGCACAUACAAAAGAGUUUAAAAAGUCAGUGCACAAAUAUAGAAUAGCACAUGAUUUUGAGUUCAAGUAUGUGAAGAAUAGUAAGGACAAGAUGUUGGUGAGAUGCAAGGUUGAAGGUUGCCCAUGGAAGAUAUGUGCAAAUGCAGUGGGGAAGAAGACUCCUUUCCUAUGCGUGACGACAUUUGUAAAUGAACAUGUGCAUAGUGCGCAAGACAAUCUCCAAGUCAGCCAUGGUGGAAGAGCUAGUUUGACAUCAGCAAUUAUAAUUGAUGAGGUAAAGAAUCACAUAGACAAACGGCCUACUGAAAUAAUGACAAUGUUGAAAAGAGACUAUGGGGUGAAUCUAACAUACAAGCAAGCAUAUAAAGCUAAGAAAAAGCAAUGGAGGAAAUACAAGACAGACCUGAGCAAUCUUACAUGCUAA